AUGACCAUGAGCUCCGUGGCCGAGAGCCUGCUGGGGCCCGACCCCUCCAAAGCCGCUUUCCUGGAGCUCGGCCACCCCUCGCCGCCGCACUACCCGCUGCACGGCCUCCACCCUGCCGGCCACCCCCAACACGACCCGCCGCCCUUCGCCUCCUACGGCCGCCCCGGGCCCUACCCCUACCCCGGCGGUGCCCCCCCGCCGCCCCACGGCGGGCCCUACCUGCCCUACCCGCCCCCCGGCGCCCAGCACCCCCCGGCCGGGCUGGCCCACGGCGCCAGGCUGCAGGACGCAGAGCACGAGAAGCCCCCGGCCGUCGCCAACGGGGAGCUGCGCAUCAACGGCAAGGGGAAGAAGCUGCGCAAGCCGCGCACCAUCUACUCCAGCCUGCAGCUGCAAGCCCUCAACCAGCGCUUCCAGCAGACCCAGUACCUGGCGCUGCCGGAGCGCGCCGAGCUGGCGGCCCAGCUGGGGCUCACCCAGACCCAGGUCAAGAUCUGGUUCCAGAACAAGCGCUCCAAGUACAAGAAGAUCAUGAAGCAGGGCUCGAGCGUGCCCGACGGGGAGCACCUCCACACCGCCGCCUCCCUCUCCCCCUGCUCCCCCAGCAUCCCCCCACUCUGGGACAUCCCCGUGCCAGGCAAAGGGGCCCCCCUGGCCCCCAGCAGCUACAUCAACAGCUUCGGAGCCUGGUACCAGCCGCACCCGCAGGACGCCAUCCCUCGGGCCCCCAUGAUGUGA